AUGGCUGACAAAGAGGAAGCAUCAGGUGAGAACACUACACGUGGAAGCGAUUGGGAAGUUGUUUCGCUUACAGCCUCAGCUUAUGCUGCUGCUCCUGGCCCGAGACAAGUGGAAUCGAAAGAUGAUGAUGAUCACAAGGAAGUUUCUCGUUACGAAGCUGAAACAUCUCAUCCUCUGUACAUGUCUCGCCACUUUGUUUUCCCACCAAGCGAGCACGAGAACAUAGAGCUCACCGAUGAUAAGGCAAGCAAGAAGAUGGAUUCUGGAUUCUCUAUGGAACAAGAAACGGGGUCUGGCGGGAAGGAAGAUGGAGAUCUGACUCUGAAAGGGUUGCAUUUAUCAUCAGAUGAGUAUGCAGGACUUGGACUUGAGGGUUUCGAGGAGAAAGGCAAAAGAGAAGAGAACAUCUACAAUACGGCGAUGAGCUCUCUGGAAGAUGAGAGAGCUAUCGGAGGAUCACAUGUCUACGAACAGAAGGAACCUGUUCACGAACCGACUGAGCCCGUCACUCCAGGUGUGGUUCCAGAUGUUUCACCUCCUACUAAAGACGAGAAGCAUGAAGCAGCGAACGCCCCACCUUGCGAGGCCUGGUGGAAAAGAAGCGCCGCGACUUUGAUCUCACAAGCGAGAGAAACAAACACAGUGUGGUCGGUUUUCAUAGCCGCGGCUGUAAUGGGAAUUGUGAUCCUUGGCCAAAGAUGGCAGCAAGAGAGGUGGCAGAUUCUGCAGCUUAAGUGGGAAUCAAGCAUUGGAAACGAGAAAGCUGGAAGAUUGAUGGGACCGAUCUCUCGACUAAAACAAGCAUUUGUCGGGGGACAGCAACGGGACUCAUUCAUCCGGAUGAGUUCCCAAAACGACAGUUAA